AUCAUGGGAGAGGAGUUUUUCCCCAGGGUCGCCUCCCAGGUUUACAUCCAGGUCGCCAAGCAUGAGUCAGAACAGCCCAAGAAGCUGAAUAGGGUUAAGAACAUUGGAAUGGGUCGUGAAUGUCUUCGGAAAACCGCUGGCGGGCAACAAGACUCAG